GAAGUCACACCAGGCUCGACCGUGGAGCCGAAGGGUUGUCUUUAAAAAACGUAUUGAGCUUUUGCGUUCGCGAGCUUUCGUUGAGAUUGUAAUUCCUGCCUAAGUGAAAUAUAAACAACAGUGAAGUUAUAAACUUGAUUAAUGCUAGGACUAUCAAAGUGUUGUGUUUACUAACAAGAGCUGAGCUUAAGGGGAAGAUAUGCUAAGUUGUGCCUCCCCCGCCGGCAUGCCGCCCGCGCCGCACGCUCAGUCUUGGGGCUCGUUCAACCAACAACCCCUUAUUAAAUCGGAACCAAUGGAGGAUGGAAGUUUCUCGAAAGAACAGACAAGUGGAUUCUAUUCGGAAGGCUUCCACAGCGCAUCGCCAUCUUCAUCGAGCAAAGACUCCAAUGGUCAUUCGCCCCGAAGCGUCGGCAGCGCGGGGGAACCGCUACCGUUCUAUGAAAACAUGCCUUUGAAGGCCAAAACUAAUCUUGGUAUGCAUUUAGAAACUUAUCGCAAUGGCCUGCCAUACAGUCUUCUUACUCCUCCUGGCUUCGAGCAUGGUAGAAACAUUGAGGACCGCGAACCGUCCCCAUACGAAUCGUACUCGCCGCGGUCACUUGCACCGCCCGCUCACGUCUCUACCCCAUUGGCACGCGCUGACGCAACUCCACCCAAAUCUCCCCCCAGAACCCCAACGUCUCCCGAUAGAGAACACGAUCGGCGAUCUUUCGAUCGAUUCCAUGACUCCGGCUUCGAUGGAGUCGGCCAGAACAAACCCGACGCCGAUGACGGUCAAGAAGGUUCUGGGCUCGAAGAUUUUGAUGAAGAACCUGGUCUACGCGUUCCAGCAGUUAAUUCUCAUGGAAAAGUAAAAACUUUUAAAUGUAAACAGUGUGAAUUCGUCGCUGUAACUAAACUUAGCUUCUGGGAGCACAGCAAAGAACACAUUAAACCCGAAAAGAUGCUAACAUGUCGGAAGUGUCCCUUCGUUACGGAAUACAAACACCAUCUUGAAUACCACAUGCGAAAUCAUCUCGGAUCUAAGCCUUUCCAAUGCACUCAAUGCUCUUAUUCUUGCGUAAACAAAUCGAUGCUCAACUCGCAUCUCAAAUCCCAUUCGAAUAUUUAUCAAUACAGAUGCGCUGACUGUAAUUAUGCUACAAAAUACUGUCAUUCACUUAAACUUCACCUACGCAAAUAUAAACACAAUCCUGCAAUGGUGUUGAACAUGGAUGGAACGCCGAAUCCUUUACCAAUAAUAGAUGUGUACGGCACUCGACGGGGACCGAAACAGAAGCCCAUUAUGAAGAUGUUUGACCAACACCACAUAUCCAAUAACAGUAAACCCCAACCUCCUCCGCCACCCCAUCCUCUGUUCGGAAAUCAUUUCCCUGUCAACCUACCGUACUUACCUCCACUCCUGCCCCAUUCGUUCUUGUUCCCGCCAAACAAUAACUACGAACAGCAAAGAACUUCUCCAAAAGUACCUGAACAACCAGUCGAGCAGCAACCUUCACCCCAAUCUAUUUUACACCAGCGUUUGUCAUAUGGAGAGGUCCCUGCCGAAGUUUCCUCCCCUCCACCGACAAAAUCACCUGCAAGUUUACCGCGGACACCAACGGCUCCACGCUGUGUUUCACCACCUCCUGCUAACGAUGCACUCGAUUUGACAAACACGAAGAUGAGUGAGGCUGGCUCACCGCCGCCUACAGAGCGUUCUGCUAACGCAGUGACACCCACCACAGCGAUGAAAAACAGAAGAAAAGGAAGGGCCUUCAAACUACAACCUGCGGCUUUGAGGUUGCAACAUGAAGACAACAAAAUGGAAGCAGAUGCGUCUGACUCGGAAUCCGAUGCGUCAGCCGAAGCUCCUACAUCUACAGCCUCUAACUCGUACUCUUGCCAAUACUGCGACAUUACGUUUGGCGAUCUCACUAUGCACACCAUACACAUGGGAUUCCAUGGAUACAACGAUCCAUUUAUGUGUAACAAGUGUGGCGAGAGAAGUUCUGAUCGUAUAGCGUUCUUUAUUCACCUCGGUCGUGCUCAACAUGCUUGAACUCCAAAAAAAAGCUAUGAUUAAAAUUGUAAACGAGUUAAACUAGUCCACACUGUACUGGCAUUUGAACCUACUAGCAUAUAACUGUCGACAAGCAUAAGUGAUUAGCUGAUGCCUGCGACUUCGUCUACCUGGGUUUAGGUUUUCAAAAAUCCCGUAGGAACUCUUUGAUUUUUCGGGACAACUAACGUCACUCUCCAGGUCACUAACUCCACGGAAGAUAUCACGUCAGUCCGUUGCUAAGUUGCGGCUUGAUUGAAGGACAAA